AUGACCGAAACCGAAGUUGCUGUCGCGGCUCCUGCUGCUGCAUCCCCGGCCAAGGCCAAGAAACCGAAGGCCCCCAAGGGAGAGAAGAAGGCGAAGAAGCCAUCCACCCACCCGCCGGUCAACGAUAUGGUUCUGGCGGCCAUCAAGACCCUGAAGGAACGCAACGGAUCGUCGCUGCAGGCCAUCAAGAAGUACAUCGCCGCCAACUACAAGUGCGACGUGGCCAAGCUCUCAACCUUCAUCAAGAAGGCCCUGAAGAGUGGCGUCGAGAAGGGAAAGCUGGUACAGACCAAGGGAACCGGAGCUUCGGGAUCUUUCAAGAUCAAGGCCGCAGCUAAGCCAGCUGCUGGCGAGAAGAAGGUGGCCAAGAAGCCCAAGAAGGCUGCCGCCGCCAAGAAACCAAAGAAGGCUGCCGGAGAGAAGAAACCUGCGGCCAAGAAGGCUGCUGCUAAGCCAAAGUCUGCUGCCGCCAAGAAGGCCAAGGCUGCCCCAGCAAAGGCCGCCAAGAAGGCUGGCACGGCCAAGAAAGCUGCUGCUCCCAAGCAAAAGGCCACUAAGCCAUCGAAGACCGCAGCCAAGAAGCCAAAGACCCCAAAACCCAAAAAGGCUGCCCCGAAAGCCAAGAAAGUCGCUGCCAAGAAAUAAAUGACGAGGGUAGCUUUAUUAUUUUCAACAAUUUUAAACAGUCCUUCUCAGGACUACCAAUUGUUCAGGUUAAAGAGUCUUGUCUACUU